GUGGAGUAUACCAGUGUGAGUUCGUAAGCGAAAAGUGUGCGGCAAAUAGUGCAUGUGGUUAUAGAUUCAGUGUUCAUUCCCGCACAGUAUUGAAAGUUCACGUGAAUGUGAUCGCUGGAAUCGGUGGAAAGGGUUGCAAAGCGAAGGCGCUGCAUGAAGCAGACCCUUUCGGUGUCGACAUUCACAGCAGCUGCAGCAGCAGACGCGUUUCGGGCAACAUGAUGAUGACCAAACGUGGGAUUUGGUCAGGACCACAGUUUAAAAUGUUGAUGCUGCUGACCGUUACGGUGGUACUAGCGCUCGUUGUACCAUCGAAUGAAGAACCGUACGGAGGUGGAGGAGGCUAUUUUGGAGCAGAAACACGAUGUCCGCGGCUAUGUUCCUGCACAGGCACGACGGUAGACUGUUCCCAUCGAGGAUUGACUCAGGUGCCUCGAAAGAUCCCAUCGGAGACUGACAGACUUGAUCUGCAGGGCAAUAACAUCAGUGUCAUCUACGAGUCGGACUUCCAAGGAUUGGCGAAGCUGCGAAUACUGCAACUGACAGACAACCACAUCUACACCAUCGAGAAGGAUGCCUUGCACGAUCUGAUCUCGCUGGAGAGAUUGCGACUUAAUAGCAAUCGCUUAAAAUCUAUACCAGAUAAUUUUUUAUCCAGUGCCGCUAAUUUAUUACGAUUGGAUCUGUCACACAAUGCACUCACUGCCGUACCGAAACGUGCAUUCAAGGGAGCACCGGCGCUGCGCAGUCUUCAGCUGGACAACAAUCAAAUCACCUGCCUGGAUGAAGGUGCCGUGAAAGGACUAACAGAGCUGGAGAUACUGACGCUGAAUAACAAUAACAUCACCACGCUUCCGCGCGACAUGUUUGCCGGAAUGCCACGCCUGCGAGCGCUGCGCCUUUCGGAGAACCCGUUUGCGUGCGAUUGUCAUCUUUCCUGGUUGGCACGGUAUCUGAAGAAUGCAUCACGUCUGGCACCGUACACUCGGUGCCAUUCGCCCGGUCAGCUCAAGGGCCAGAAUGUGGCGGAUCUGCACGAGCAGGACUUCAAAUGUUCCGGUCUCACCGAGAACGCACCGAUGGAGUGUGGCGGUCGAAGCCUCUGUCCCCAUCCGUGCCGCUGUGCCGACGGAAUUGUCGACUGUCGGGAGAAAAGUCUUACCACCGUACCGUCCACGCUACCGGAGGACACAACAGAGCUCCGGCUCGAGCAGAACUACAUCACCGAAAUUCCACCGAAAGCGUUCGCUAACCACCGGCGCCUUAAGCGGAUAGACUUGUCAAAUAACAAUAUUUCGCGAGUCGCCUACGAUGCCUUCAGCGGGCUGAAGUCCUUGACGUCGCUCGUUCUGUAUGGUAAUAAAAUUAAGGAUUUACCGGCGAGCGUUUUCAAAGGAUUAACCUCACUCCAGCUGCUACUGCUGAACGCGAACGAAAUCAGUUGCGUGCGAAGAGACGCUUUCAAGGAUCUGCAUAAUCUCAGCCUUUUGUCACUGUACGAUAACAACAUCCAGUCGCUGGCCAACGGAACGUUCGACUCGCUGCGAAGCAUCCAAACGCUACAUUUGGCACGCAAUCCCUUCAUUUGUGAUUGCAAUCUUCGCUGGCUGGGCGAUUAUCUACACCAGAAUCCGAUCGAAACCAGCGGGGCCAAGUGCGACGCACCGAAGCGUAUGCAGCGCCGCCGGAUUGAAGCUUUGAAGGAUGAAAAGUUUAAAUGCACGGAUGAUUACAGCAAGAUCAAGUACUCGGGCGAAUGCCGCAUGGACCAGGAGUGCCCGGCCGCCUGUCAUUGCGAUCGGACGACGGUUGACUGUUCCGGGCGAGGGUUGAAAGAAAUCCCGCGUGACAUUCCGCUCUACACCACGGAACUCCUGCUCAACGAUAACGAGCUUAAUCGCAUCAAGUCGGACGGACUGUUCGGUCGGCUGCCAAAUCUGGCAAAGCUGGAUUUGCGCCGAAAUCAGAUAUCCGGCAUCGAACCGAACGCGUUCGAGGGUGCCACCCGGAUACAGGAGCUGUUUUUGAGUGAAAACAAAAUCGCCGAAGUGCACAACAAGAUGUUCCUGGGGCUUCAUCAGCUCAAGACACUAUCACUUUACGAUAACAUCAUUACCUGCGUUAUGCCCGGUUCGUUUGACUACCUGACGUCUCUGACACAGCUAAAUCUUGCCUCGAAUCCGUUCCGGUGCAACUGCCAUCUUGCCUGGUUCUCGGACUGGCUGCGCAAGAAGCAGCUGAAUGGGCCGCCGGCCCGUUGCACUUCCCCGUCGAAGGUGCGCGACGUGCCGAUCAAGGAUUUGCCACACUUUGACUUUAAGUGCACCUCCGACAUGGAUCAGGGCUGUCUCGGCGAGGGCUACUGCCCACCGUCCUGCACCUGCACCGGCACGGUGGUGCGUUGCUCCCGCAACAAGCUGAAGGAAAUCCCCAAAUCCAUCCCGGCGGAAACGACGGAGCUGUACCUCGAGUCGAACGAAAUCUCGAUGAUACAUUCCAAUCGCAUCAGCCACCUGAAAGCACUUACCAGAUUGGAUUUGAGCAACAACCAGAUCGGAAUACUGUCCAACCACACCUUUGCAAAUCUAAGCAAACUCUCGACACUCAUCAUAAGCUACAACAAUCUGCAGUGCGUUCAGAAGUACGCUCUUGCCGGGCUGACCAACCUGAAGGUGCUUUCGCUGCACGGGAACAAAAUUUCGAUGAUUCCGGAGGGUACCUUCAAUGAUUUGCAAUCAAUUACGCACAUUGCCCUUGGCAGCAAUCCGCUGUACUGUGACUGCUCCCUUCGCUGGCUGUCCGAGUGGGUUAAGCGGGACUACGUGGAGCCGGGCAUUGCGCGCUGUGCCGAGCCGGAACCGAUGAAGGAUAAGCUAAUCCUAUCGACACCGGCCGCCCAGUUCGUUUGCUCCGGCAAGGUAAGCAACGAAAUACUGUCCAAGUGCGACGCUUGCUACACGUUCCCGUGCAAGAACGAGGCGACGUGCAGUGCGCUGCCGGAGCGGCAGUACGAGUGCAAGUGCAAGCCCGGCUACCACGGGACGCACUGCGAGUUUAUGAUUGACGCGUGCUAUGGCAAUCCGUGCCGCAACAACGGUACCUGCACGGUGCUCGAGGAGGGACGCUUCAGCUGCCAUUGCCUGCAGGGGUAUACCGGUUCGCGGUGCGAGGUCAACAUAGACGACUGCGUGGAGCACAAGUGCCAGAACAAUGGGACCUGCGUGGACGGGGUGAACUCGUACAGCUGCUCCUGUGCGGCCAGCUUCACCGGCGAGUACUGCGAGAGCAAGAUUGAGUUCUGCGGCAAGGACUUCAAUCCGUGCCAGAACGGGGCAAAGUGUGUCGACCACACGACGCACUACAGCUGCGACUGUUUGCCCGGCUACCGGGGGCUCAACUGUACCGACAACAUUGACGACUGUGUCAAUCACAUGUGCCAGAACGGUGGCACCUGCGUGGACGGCAUUAACGACUACACGUGCAAGUGUCCGCACGAGUUUACGGGCAAGUUCUGCGAGGGCGCCCCCAUGGUGGCGAUGAUGUAUCCGCAGACGUCGCCCUGCCAGCAGCACGAGUGCAAGUUUGGCGUGUGCUUCCAGCCCAACCCAUCGAGCGCGGACUACAUCUGCAAGUGUGCCCCGGGCUAUUCCGGCAAGCGCUGCGAGUAUCUGACCAGCCUCACCUUCCUGCAUAACAACUCGUUCGUCGAGCUGGAACCGCUGCGCACCAAGCCGGAAGCGAACGUGACGAUCGUGUUUAGCAGCACGCAGCAGAAUGGUGUGCUGAUGUACGACGGGCACAACGAGCAUCUGGCGGUGGAGCUGUUUAACGGCCGGAUCCGGGUGAGCUACGACGUCGGGAACGAUCCCGUGUCGACGAUGUACAGCUUCGAAAUGGUGGCCGACGGCAAGUACCACCUGGUGGAGCUGCUGGCGAUCAAGAAAAACUUUACACUGCGAGUGGACCGCGGCCUGGCUCGCUCCAUCAUCAACGAAGGCUCGAAGGACUACCUGAAGCUGUCGAGCCCGAUGUACCUCGGAGGGUUGCCGGCGGAGCCAGGCCAGCAAGCGUACAAACAGUGGCACCUCCGCAACCUGACCAGCUUCAAGGGCUGCAUGAAGGAAGUGUGGAUCAACCACAAGCAGGUUGAUUUUCUCAAUGCCGCCCGGCAGCAGAAGAUUACGCCGGGCUGUGCGCUGCUCGACCCGGACAGCGAGGGCGAAAUGGACGACGAGUUUAUGCAGGAAACGCCAGUCAUCCUUAAGGAGGUGAAUCCUUGCGAAAACCAUCAAUGCAAACGGGGCGGAAAGUGUGUGCCCAACGGUAAGGGUGGCUACACGUGCAAAUGUAAGAAGGGCACCAAGGGCAAAUACUGCGACCAAGGUGAGGGAUCGGUAUCGCUAGUGAUCGACGAGGACCCGUUCAAAACUUCCUCUUCCGCAGCCUCAACUUGCCGCAAGGAGCAGGUGCGAGAGUACUACACAGAAAACGAUUGCCGCUCGAGGCAGCCGCUCAAGUACGCCAAGUGCGUUGGAGGUUGCGGCAAUCAGUGCUGCGCUGCCAAAGUCGUACGCCGAAGAAAGGUACGCAUGGUGUGCAGCAACAACACCAAAUACGUGAAGCAGCUGGAUAUUGUGCGAAAGUGCCACUGUACGAAGAAAUGCUACUGACUGCACCACAGCGGCCAAUCGAAUGGCACCCUAGGAUUACAUGUAUCUAGUUUAAGUGAAGCUAAUUUAAAUACUACUACACAUAGCAGCUCUAGCGAUAAGUGGAUAAACUUUGAGGUCGACUACGACGACGACGAAAUGAUGCAGAACGAUGCACCGGCCGCGGCAACACUGGCCGUGGUGCCGGUCGAGCCACACGCGGCCGAAACGCUGGCCGGUGGUUCCGCCGCUGCUGCCGGCACAGCGGUCGGCGACGACUUCCAUCGCGUGAUGCACCAGCUGGAGGAGCUGAAGGAGAAGCCUCUGUUCAGUGAGGAUGAGCUCGAGGAGGCCACCGAGGAGGACGAUCUGUUCGACGACGAAGACUACGAUCUGGAGGAGGUCAUACGUCGGCACAAGCAGCGAUUGGAGGAAAGCCGUCGGAAGGCCGGAUUCGUCGAUGAUGACGAUGACGACUACUACGACGAUUACAGUGCCGAAGAUGAUGAGGAGGAGCAGCAGCGGAGAAAGCAGGCGAAACAGCCGUCCGCCGCUGGUGCUCCCGACGGGUCCACGCCGAGCGGAGGAACCGACAGUGUGAUGCAGGACUAUCUGAGUAACAUCAAGAGCAAAUCGGCACCCCAUCGGUUCAAGUCGAAGUUCGACGACUUUACCGAUGGCGACGAUGCGGACACACUGUCCGGUAUCAGCAGCAGCCGGAAGCUGCGCAAGAAUGAUUCCAUCAAAAUCAUCUCCACGCCCAACGGGAAGGUGGGCAUCGUGUACAAGGUGGAGCCCAAGGCAACCGAGGACAACGCGUCCAGGAAGGGGGCGUCCGAGGGCGGCAGUGCUGGUGCGGGGCCGAGCGGGACAGGUGGCGAGCAGCGACAAAACAAGAUCACGCCGGUCAUCACGGCCGACGGUAAGGUCGCGUUGCUGUACCGGGGAGCGUCCGACAACGGGGACACGUUCCGGAACAAGUACGAGCCGAUCACGGCCAAGGACAUACUACAGUUGAUCGACAAUAAUAAUAAUAACAAUAGUAAUGGCGGGGCGGCGGCCGCCGGCAACAGCUCGCCCGCUAGCGGGGCGGGCAUCCCAGGCAACACUAACAGCAGUAUUAAAAAUAUUACCAAUAAUAAUAUUUAUAAUAGUCAUAAUAAUUACGGUAAUAGUUAUGAUAGUUUUAAUAGAAACGUCAACAAUGUGAUCGUCGAUUCGCAUCCACCGGAAACGGGCGAUGACUCGCGGGAAAACAGUGCGGCCAGCGGUGGGUCGAGUCGCUUCGAUCCGGCACCGACGGCAGCCGCGUACCCCUGGGUCACCACUACUACGCCAAUGCCCCGAAAGAGCGCGGGCAACGUACACCACGUCGCUCCGGCCGGCAUCUCCUCAACCGUCGGCCCCCACCACAUCCCAGGCGGCAGGGUGGAAGGUACACCGAUGCCGACCACACCCGGUGCGUACCAACCGUACGAGCGGCAGGAAAACUCGCUGCUCAUCAAUCGCCCGCUCUCGGAGGUGCUGGGCAUUCGCAAGAACCAGUACAUGGAAACGAACACGAUCAAAAUACCAAAUAGCGAAACAUCCACGAACAAGAUGCGCAUCGGCACCAACAACAAUCUGCUGUCCUCGCUGCUGCACAACCUGCAGCAGGGCCUGGCGAACGGGACGGCCACCCACUCGGACCAUCACCAGCACCACGGUCGACCAUCGACGGAUGACGAUCAGCACCGGCGGGCCGGGUACAGCGUGAACGGGUUCAGCCGGUCGCGGUUCUACAUCAACCGGCGUACGACACCCGCCCUGCCACCGCGCAUCAUCAAGGAGGAAAGCGAGGAGGACACGUUCAUCGGUGACGGGGACGACAACUCGCUGCCGGAGGUGAUCAACCUGGCGAUCAUACCCGCGUUCGAGCACGAGAUCGACGAGAAGUACAUCCGGCCGCACCAUGGCGAUCUGCACCGGCGCCACCGGCAUCAGUACAACGUGGCACCGGGCCAGCCGGCGGUCCACUGUGCGAUGCAGGCGCUCGUGGCCUGCGCCGUGCUGGCGACCUUCUUCGGCAUCGUCGGCACGUACUUCAAGUCGCGCGUCGUCGACCACAUCCGGGUGCUGUACUGGUAGGAUUUGUGCGGUAUUCGAUCGGUGCCGUUGGAGCAUCAGAACUAUCAGAACUACUACUACCGGCUGUAUCGGAAGCUGGUGCAACGAUAACCGGUGUAGCUCUGUGUCCGUUUCUGAUCGGUCGAAUACCACGCUCUACUGCCGUUUUGCCGCUCGCUAAGGCGUUGUUAGUAAUGGCGUAUUUAACGAAAGACGAUUUCUGAAAGUUCCUGGGACUGCUCAUCGGUCUCGGGUUCAUCUAGUUUUUUUUUACAAUAUUAUGCUUGCAAACACACACCAACCCAUAUCUAUGUUUCUCCGAUUGGAAAUAUCGUUUCUAAGAACGCCAUUCAACAUAGUUUCCUACGAACUACUACGAGCUUAGGAUUUGAAACUACUGUUAGCAGCGACGCGACACAGUGACUCGCGCUGUGGACGCGUGAGUAUAAUCCCAUGUAGAGAGAGAGAGAAUGUAAGAGUAUCCUUCGAUGUGUCUUUGAAUGUGAAACUGAAAGCAAACUGUCCCUGUGUCUGACCCCUUUUGUCCUUACUGCUAAAUGGUUCUCAGCAAAACUAGUAGCCAACAGAAUUAACCACCUGUAUGUGUUGUCUUCGCCGUCAAUGAUGUCUCAUGUACGUGUAUCGGUGUUAAAACUAGAUCGAGAACAAACGACGAACCGAAAGGAUGAUAGCAAAGGAUAUACGCGGGGACAGGGGCCCUUCUCUCUCUUCUGUGGUUUUCUUUCUACGCCCGCAGCAGCCAGUGUAAAGCGACGCCAUAUAUAAACUGUAACAUAUGUUUUGUGAGCCUAGAGUAUAGUACGCAUUUUUGUAUUGAAGAGUGUCGUUGGUAGCGAAUCUGUUCAAACUCUGUAUCCUAUCGUGAAAAUGCAAAUCGAGUUAAGGCCUUUAAUGAAAGGAGCAAUCGAACGGAUGGCCAUUGUAAAAAGAAAGGUUAAACACACACACACAGACAUACACAUCAAUCAAUGCAACACAGUGCAAAGCUAACAUUACACAUUAUUCAUUCUGAUCGUUCAGAUCACUAGGCUGACUAGUUAAGGAAAAUAUAAUGCAAUCAAGCGUCUUCUCUCCUUCCCGCAAACAAGCAAAAGGGUUCGCAAAAGAAGGAAACUAAAACAAAAACGAACCAAGAAAAGCGUAAAAAACGAAAGGAA